AAAUCAAAUGCUCUUUUUCUCCAACAUGUAGGUUCCAUCUGCUUAGAGGGUUGCAGAGGCUGCCAUUGUUUGUGUAAAGCCAAGGUCAAUUGUGCUGUUCUGUUUGGGUGUAGAGGAUGGCAAUUUAUGUGCUGUGGAAUUUUUUUAGAUCACUGGAUGUGUUAAGCAGUUCUACAACGUCUAGAUAAGGGUCAUUUUGCUGGUAGGAGCCUUUAGUGGCCUUUUUUGUGUUUUAGUGACAACAUUCUGGCGAGGUUCCUGUUUUAGCUCCUUACUGAUGAAUGUUUUUUACUUGUCAAGUUUGAUUUUUCUCAAAAUGCUGUCAUAAGUGUGUGUUAGUAAAUUGGAUGUUUAUGGAUAUUUGAGUAACAGGCUGUUCCUGGAGGGAAUGAGCCUUGGGCCUUCCUGCUGUAUGAAGUAUUCACGUAAUUCUGCAGACUUCAUUAAAGACACUUACUUUUACUCCUUUGAUUUCUUUUUCAAACUAUUUGGUAGGUGAUACUAGAUUUUGGGAAAUGUAACCAUGAUAAGGACUUCAAGAUCACAUAUAUCUGUACAUUGUUGCUGGUUUUUGUAAAAUGCAGAGCUUGUGAUGGAAAUUAGAUAGUUGAAUAGAAGCAGUAAAAGCUGUCUUUUGAAAGCAAAUCCAACUGGCUACUUGAAUGAAAUCUGAAUACUAAAAUUCCUUUAGCUGGUGGUAAAAUUCUGUAAGUUAAUCUUUAACUCUUGCUUGUACUAGAAACAUAUCUAUGUCCCCCAGACAGCUGUGGGAGCUGUUUGAAAAAGCCAUGCAGUGCAAAGAGAAGUAUAGCUGAGCCUGGCUACAUCCCAGUCCUGAGAGUCCUGGCAGGCUUGUAGCUGCAGGGAAAGGGAUUUCAGCAUUUGGAACAAGGAACAAGGAAGUGGCUGGCUAGUAGGACUUGGGAUGAAGAGUCACAUGCAUUUCAGCAUCUCUCAGCUGACAGCUUAGAGCCAAGACAUAAUCAGCCAAACUGAACCAAGAGGAAAGAGAAUAUUUGAGAAGGCUUCCAGCAUCUCAUGAACGAACUAAGGGAACCCGAUAAUGCUGGUUCUCCAGAGCCAGGUCUGCGGCUCAGAAAAGGACACAUGUCUGACACUGCAACAACACAGGCAGCCUUUGAAGAGGACAGCUCUCAACAGAGCCUUCUUCUAGAGGAACCACUACUGUCUUCUGACCAGGAAAAUUGUUCUGAGGAUGAUAAACACAACGAUGAGCCACCUCAAGAAGAUGAAGGUUUUAUGGGAAUGUCACCUCUUCUACAAGCCCACCAUGCUAUGGAGAGAAUGGAAGAAUUUGUGUGUAAGGUAUGGGAGGGCCGCUGGAGAGUCAUUCCCCACGACGUUCUGCCUGACUGGCUGAAGGACAAUGACUACCUGCUGCAUGGACACAGACCACCCAUGCCUUCCUUCCGGGCUUGUUUCAAGAGCAUCUUCAGAAUACACACAGAAACUGGCAACAUCUGGACACAUCUCUUAGGAUGUGUGUUCUUCCUUUGUCUGGGAAUCUUCUACAUGUUCCGGCCAAACAUGUCCUUUGUAGCACCUGUGCAGGAGAAAGUGGUCGUUGGAUUGUUCUUCUUGGGAGCCAUACUCUGCCUCUCCUUCUCAUGGCUCUUCCACACAGUUUAUUGCCACUCAGAAGGUGUUUCCCGGCUCUUCUCCAAGCUGGAUUAUUCUGGCAUUGCACUCCUCAUAAUGGGCAGCUUUGUACCAUGGUUGUACUACUCCUUCUAUUGCAACCCUCAGCCUUGCUUCAUCUACUUGAUUGUGAUUUGUGUCCUGGGCAUUGCAGCCAUAAUUGUCUCACAAUGGGACAUGUUUGCCACCCCUGAAUACCGGGGUGUAAGGGCAGGAGUAUUUCUAGGUCUGGGUCUUAGUGGGGUAAUUCCCACUCUGCACUUUGUCAUCUCUGAGGGGCUCCUGAAGGCAGCCACCAUGGGGCAGAUAGGCUGGCUGGCACUCAUGGCAUGCCUGUACAUCACUGGUGCUGCACUCUAUGCUGCCCGCAUCCCGGAGAGAUUCUUCCCUGGCAAGUGUGACAUCUGGUUCCACUCCCAUCAGCUGUUCCACGUGUUUGUCGUGGCUGGCGCUUUCGUGCACUUCCACGGGGUCUCCAACCUGCAGGAAUUCCGCUUCACAGUCGGAGGGGGCUGCUCAGAGGAGGAUGGGAUGCAGUAGGGGCAGCUGCAGCCCGAGAGCAGAACCAAAAGAGAGCCCCGGCACGGGUGAAGCAUCCAGGCCUAGCAAAAGGAAUACCUAAGAAGAAUCCAAGUUUCAGCUGAUGAGGCAUGGAGCUUCAUGGGGAUUCUGACUAAUCAAGAUAAAUUCUAUACCUCAAGCAAUGGAAUAAAUCAAUUUGAAGACCAGGAAAUUCUGAAAACCUAAUUUAUUCUUGGGAUCUACAGAUUGAGCUACAGAGGACCCUUUCCAAAUCGGCUUCUGUUCAAUGCCAUAUUUAUUUGUAGAAUUGGGGAGGGAUAGCUUAGCAGUUUCCUUUUUUUUAAAAAAAA